GUCUCUGUCUUGAUUGGCUCGUCUCGCUGUCCGUUGUAAAUAUGCAGCACAUUUUGGAACAGAGUAAAGCCACGUUGACACAAAAAGUUGUAUUUGUUUUGUUUUCUAUCGCCGGCGGCACAACCGUCCCGUCGUUGACUCACACCUGUCAACUCAGGAGCCGCAGCUGGAACAUUUAGGUCAAAGGCGCCACAUCAUCUGACAGGAUGAGCGUUGGGUUCAUUGGAGCGGGCCAGCUGGCUCACGCACUAGUGAAAGGAUUCUCAGCUGCAGGUGUGAUUGCCACUCAUAGGAUCACAGCCAGCUCCCCAGACUUAGAGCUGCCCACUGUAGCGGGACUAAGGAAAAUGGGGGUGAAUAUGACAACUAGCAACAAAGAGGCCGUCAGUAAGAGUGAUGUGCUCUUCCUGGCUGUGAAACCCCACAUCAUCCCCUUCGUUCUCGAUGAGAUUGGGCCAGACAUCGAGGACCGUCAUCUCAUAGUGUCGUGUGCAGCAGGCGUCACCAUCAGCUCCAUAGAGAAGAAGCUGCUUCAGUACCGUGCCGCUCCUAAAGUCAUGAGGUGUAUGACCAACACCCCAGUGGUGGUGAGAGAGGGAGCUACAGUGUAUGCCACUGGGACUCAUGCAGAGCUGGAGGACGGCAAGUUACUGGAGCAGCUGAUGUCGAGUGUUGGAUUCUGCACGGAGGUGGAGGAAGACCUCAUUGACGCUGUCACCGGGCUCAGUGGCAGUGGACCAGCCUACGCGUUCACUGCACUGGAUGCUCUUGCAGAUGGAGGCGUGAAGAUGGGUCUGCCAAGAAGACUGGCUGUCAGACUGGGAGCUCAGGCCCUAUUGGGAGCAGCUAAGAUGCUGCUGGACUCGGAGCAGCACCCCGGCCAGCUGAAGGACAACGUGUGCUCACCAGGGGGCGCCACCAUCCACGCCCUGCACGUCAUGGAGAGCGGCGGCUUCCGCAGCCUCCUGAUCAACGCUGUGGAGGCGUCAUGCAUCAGGACGCGGGAGCUGCAGUACCUGGCCGACCAGGAGCGCAUCUCCCCGGCAGCCAUAAAGAAAACCACCCUGGACAAGGUGCUGCAGCAGCCCGGAGUCACGGUCAGCGGAGCGGCUAACGGCAGAACGGGGCUCAACCUGUUCAACAACCGCGGCCCCAACGUCAAGAAGAAGAACUGAGAACACAGAGGCAGGCUCACACACACAUCUCACAGGUUAAUACACACAUUGCCUCUCAGGCAGGUGGACUGGUCACACACAUCCAAAUUACUUUACAAAAAUGGCAAAAUAUGUAUACAUACUUGAGUUACAUAAAGACUGAAGACCUGUUACACUACAAACAAGCACAGGUGCAUUCUGGGUGUGUUGCCCACGAUUAUCGCCUUAUGUUGUGAUGCAGGGUUAAUGGCACACGCAUCCAAAUGCACACCGAAGAGCAAAAGUGCAUUUACAAUCUGCUGUCGGUAUGUGUUUAACGGUAAUGACCCAGUGGGCCAUCAUGGGAUGCUGCUGCACAGAUGGUUGCUGGGAUACCAUCAAGCUCUUAAUGUUUGUCUUUAAUGUCCUUUUAAACAGAGAUGAAGCCACAAUGUCAAUCAUUCUGUUCCCUGUUUUUUUAUAUACCAACAACAGUAUUAUGCUGUUAACAAAGACUGAGUAUGGAUUUUCUCUUUUGCUUGUUUUGAUUUUCAUAUACAAAAACUACGGACUUCACUGAUGAAAUAACUUCCUUGUUACAACAACCUUUCUAGCACAUUAGGAACUUGGUGCCUUGGACCCUGGGACCCAUAACAUAUGUUUCUCUUGCAUAUAAAGGUCAUUCCAAGCUUUAAAUCUUCUCUGAUGUCCUCAUCUUUCUCAAGUCCCUUUGUUUCCUGUUUGUUAUGGAAAUUGUGGGUCUUAACCCCAACGUGAACUGUUAUCUUGAACCUCCUGAUGUUUUCUAAUAUACAGCCACAUGUUCUCUUGUAAAGGGAAAGUCCUAAAAGAAAUGCAUCUACACAAAGAAUCAAGAUGAUAUGAAGAUGUAUUCAUAUAGAUUUAGUCCGUCCUAAUUUUGUUAUUUGAUCCCCAUUAUUUUACAUGUUAUGUAUUUUUCUUUGUUUGACAUAUCAACCAGAAAGUUGGUGUCAAUAUUAAAUAAGCAGAAUUGAA